CAUCGAAUCACCUUAGAAAUUAAGUUCAGUUUCAAUGAACAGCUGUUCAACCACCAUGGAAACUCAAAAGCUGUUUCUGCAGUCUUUUCUUCUAAUCCUCCAUUUCACAUUUUCUUCUUCCAUGCACACCAUAACCAUAAAUCAAACUAUUGAAGAUGGUAACCUUUUAAUCUCUAAAGGAGAUCAUUUUGCUUUAGGAUUUUUUAGCCCCGGAAAUUCCAGAUAUAGAUAUCUUGGAAUUUGGUACUACAAAGUUCCAGAGCAAACUGUGGUUUGGGUGGCAAAUAGAAAUAAUCCAAUCAAUGAUUCCUCAGGAGUUCUAUUAAUGGAUAGGCUUGGAAAUCUCAUUCUGUAUAGCAAAAAUAACCAAGAAGUAGUAUGGUCUACAAAUGUCUCGGUGAAAGUUACAGAUUUUUGUGCAGCCCGGCUCUUGGAUUCAGGAAAUUUGAUUUUGCAAGAUAGAAGUGAAAGAAUUCUCUGGCAAAGCUUUGAUCAACCCACAGACACUUUGCUACCAGGAAUGAAAUUGGGGUUGAAUCGAAAUACUGGUAUGUUCUGGUUCUUAACAUCUUGGAGAUCAGCAGAUGACCCUGGAACUGGAAACUUCUCAGUUCAACUCAACACAAUGGGAGCACCACAGUUCUUACUUUAUAGGGGUACAACCUAUUAUUGGCAAUACACUCACUGGCCAAUGAAGACUAAUCCAGACAUGUGGACCUAUUAUAGUAUUGUCAAUAAUCAAGAUGAGAUACACAUGGCUUACAGUCCUGUUGAUGCUUCUGUUAUCUUCAGAUUAAUGUUGGACUAUUCAGGAACUCUCAAGAAACUAGCAUGGCAUGAAAAAGUUGGAAGAUGGAAGGAAUUUUGGUCAGCGCCUAGUUCUGUGUGUGAUAUAUACGGACAUUGUGGUACGUAUGGGAUAUGUUAUCCUUACCUUAUUGGAAGAUUUGAAUGUGAUUGUUUACCAGGAUAUGAACCCAAGUACCCAAGAGAGUGGAAUAUUAUGAGAGAUGGAUCAGGUGGGUGUGUCAGGAAGCGGCUAGAGUCUUCCUCAGUAUGUGAGCAUGGAGAAGGAUUUGUCAAAGUGGGAAAAGUUAAACUACCUGAUACUUCAACAGCAGUUUGGAAGGGCAUGAAUACAAGUGCUGUGGACUGUGAAAAAGAAUGUAAGAAGAAUUGUUUAUGCUCUGCAUAUGCAAGCAUAGAUGUUUAUGGGGAAGGAACUGGUUGUUUAACAUGGUAUGGAGAAUUAAUAGACACUGCAGAUAAUGUGAAAGAGGGAUAUGACAUUAAUAUUCGUGUUGAUGCACUUGAAUUAGCGGAGAUUGCUCGAAAAUCGAAUGGUUUUUUGAAAAGGAAAGAUAUGUUAGCCAUUUUAAUAGUAUCUGUUGCUUCCUCCUGGUUUGUCAUCAUUUUAUUUGUACAUUUAUGGCUGAAGAAGAAAAGAAAAAUAGUGAGAAAUCAAUGGAAUGAAAGAUUGCUUGAUGCAAUUGGUGAUGUACGCAAGAAGGAUGCUUUGGUGACAAGUGAAGUUCAAGGAAGCAUGAGUCAUCAAGAUAUUGCACUCUUUAGUCUCAACACAAUACUUGUUGCAACCACCAAGUUUUCUCAGGCUAAUAAACUUGGAGAAGGUGGUUUUGGCUUGGUUUAUAAGGGUCAACUCUCCAAUGGACAGGAGGUGGCUGUGAAAAAGUUAUCUAAAAAUUCAAGUCAAGGAAUAGAAGAAUUUAAAACUGAAGUUGCAUUAAUUGCAAAGCUUCAGCACAAGAAUUUGGUGAAACUCCUAGGAUGUUGCAUUGAAGGAGAUGAACCAAUGCUAAUUUAUGAAUACUUGCCAAAUAAAAGUUUGGACUCAUUUCUUUUUGAUGCAAAUAAAAGGGUGGUCCUAAAUUGGAGAAAACGCUUUAAUAUUAUUGUUGGAAUUGCUCGUGGAAUCUUAUACAUUCACCAAGAUUCUAGACUCGGUAUUAUCCAUAGAGAUUUAAAAACUAGCAAUAUUCUACUGGAUGUAGAAAUGAAUCCCAAAAUUUCAGAUUUUGGUCUGGCAAGAAUCUUCAAAGAUGGACAAAUUCAAGAAAAGACUAAAAAAAUAGUUGGAACAUUUGGUUACAUGGCACCAGAAUACGUAAUAUUUGGAAAAUUUUCGACAAAAUCUGAUGUUUUUAGUUUCGGAAUCAUAUUAUUAGAGAUCAUUACAGGAAAGAAGAAUAAUAACUAUUGUCAUGAGGGUUCUUCCGUAAGCAUGAUAGGACAUAUAUGGCAUUCAUGGAAAGAAAAUCGAGCAUUUGAAAUAGUUGAUUCAUUUCUAAAAGAGUCGAGUCCUUCUGAUGAAGUAUUAAGAUGCAUUCAGAUCGGCCUAUUAUGCGUGCAAGAAGAUGCAUUGGACAGACCAAUGAUGUCAACCGUUGUCUUAAUGUUGAAUAGCGAAAUCACUCUUCCUUCUCCAAAACAACCUGGAUUCAAUUUUAGUAAAUUUGAUGAUAUUUCUAUUUUCUCAUCUAAAAAAGAAAAAUUUUGUUCAGUAGAUGAGAAAACAAUUACUGAAGUUAUAUGUCGUGAAUAUAUUCUCAUAAAUAAAUUUCUAAUAUUUAAAUGAGCUGUAGAAACAAAUAUGGAUUCUCAAAAGUUGUUUCUGCUAUCCUUUCUUCUAAUCCUCCAUUUCAUAUUUUCUUUUUCCCUAGACACCAUAACCAUAAAUCAGACCUUUGAAGAUGGUGACCUUUUAACCUCCCAAGGAAAUAAAUUUGCUUUAGGAUUCUUUAGCCCCGGAAAUUCCAAGUAUAAAUAUCUUGGAAUCUGGUACCACAAUAUCCCAGAACAAACUGUGGUUUGGGUUGCAAAUAGGAAUAAACCAAUCAAUGGUGCCUCAGGAGUUCUAUCAAUUGACCAAUAUGGAAAUCUCAUUCUCCGUAGCAAUCAGAAUCAGAAAGUUCCAGUAUGGCAUACUAAUAUCACAGUUGAAGUGACAGAAACUUGUGUAGCUCAGCUAUUGGAUUCAGGAAACUUGAUUUUGAUCCAAGGUAGAAGUAAAAGAGUUGUGUGGCAAAGCUUUAAUCAACCAACAGACACUCUACUACCAGGAAUGAGAUUGGGAUUGAACAAAAAGAAAGGUAUAUACUGGUUCCUAACAUCUUGGAGAUCAGCAGAUGACCCUGGAAUCGGAAAUUUCUCACUUCAAGUCAACACGGUAGGAGUACCGCAAUUCUUACUUUACAGGGGUACAGAGUAUUAUUGGCGGAUUACAGAGACAUUGAAAGUUUCUGAAGAAGUGUGGAACUUAAGUUCUGUCUACAACCAGGAUGAGAUUUACGCUUCUUACAAUACUGUUGAUGCUUCUGUUAUCUUCAGAGUUGUGUUGGACCAUUCAGGAACUGUCAAGACAUUAGCAUGGCAUGAAAAAGUUAAAAAAUGGAAGGAAUUCUGGUCUGCACCUAGUUCCUUGUGUGACAAAUAUGGACAUUGUGGUACCUAUGGAAUAUGUUAUCCUGAUUUUAGUGGAAGAUUUGAGUGUGAUUGCUUACCAGGGUAUGAACCCAAGUCCCAUAAAGACUGGAAUAUUAUAAGAGAUGCAUCUGGUGGGUGUGUUAGGAAGCGGUUAGAGUCUUCCUCAGUAUGUGGGCAUGGAGAAGGAUUUGUCAAAGUGGCACAUGUUAAACUUCCUGAUACUUCAACAGCAGUUUUGGGGAGCACGAAUGUGAGUCCUAUUGACUGUGAAAAAGAGUGUAGGAGGAAUUGUUCAUGUGUUGCAUAUGCAAUCAUGAAAGAGACUGGUUGUUUGACAUGGUAUGGUGAAUUAAUGGACACUGUUGAUAAUCUGAAAGCGGGAUAUGAUAUUCAUAUUCGUGUUGAUGCACUUGAAUUAGAGAUUGCACAAGAAUCGAAUGGUUUUCCAGUAAGUAAGGAUAUGUUGGCUGUUUUAGUAGUAUGUGUUGUUUCAGCCUGGUUUGUCAUCAUCAUUUUAUUUGCAUAUUUGUGGCUGAAGAAGAAGAGAAGAAGGGUGAGGAACCAAUGGAGUGAAAGAUUGCUAGAUGCAAUUGGUGAUGCAUACUACAAGGAUGUUUUGGUGAAAAAUGAAGUUGAAGGUAGCAUGAAUCAGCUAGAUAUUGCAUUUUUUAAUCUCAGCACAAUACUUGUAGCAACCAACAAUUUUUCUCAGGCAAAUAAACUUGGAGAAGGUGGUUUUGGCCUGGUUUAUAAGGGCCAGCUUUUUAAUGGACAAGAGAUCGCUGUGAAAAGAUUAUCUAAAAAUUCAUGUCAAGGAAUAGAAGAAUUUAAAAAUGAAGUUAUAUUGAUUGCAAAGCUUCAACACAAAAAUUUGGUGAAACUCCUAGGAUGUUGCGUUCAAGGAGAUGAAGCAAUGCUAGUUUACGAAUACUUGCCAAACAAAAGCUUGAACUCAUUUAUUUUUGAUGCAACUAAAAGCGCAAUCCUAGAUUGGAGAAAACGCUUUGAUAUUAUUGUUGGGAUUGCUCGCGGGAUCUUAUAUAUUCACCAAGAUUCUAGAUUGAGUAUUAUUCAUAGGGAUUUGAAAACAAGCAACAUUCUGUUGGAUGCAGAAAUGAAUCCUAAAAUUUCUGAUUUUGGCCUGGCUAGAAUUUUUAAAGGUGACCAAAUUCAAGAAAAAACAAAAAGAAUAGUCGGAACAUUCGGUUAUAUGUCACCAGAGUAUUCAGUAUUUGGAAAGUUUUCAGCCAAGUCUGAUGUCUUUAGUUUUGGAGUCAUAUUAUUGGAGAUCAUUACAGGGAAGAAGAAUAAUAGUUAUUGCCAAGAGGAUUCUUUCCUAACCUUGAUAGGACAUGUAUGGCAUUUAUGGAGAGAAAAUAGAGCACUUGAGAUAAUUGAUUCAUCUUUAAGAGAGUCAUGUCCUUCAGAUGAAGUAUUGAGAUGCAUUCAAAUUGGUUUAUUAUGUGUGCAAGAAGACGUAAUGGAGAGGCCAAUGAUGUCAACUGUUGUCUUAAUGUUGAAUAGUGAUAUUACUCUUCCUUUUCCAAAACAACCUGCAUUUAUUUUUAGCGAUUCAUCUGAUAGUUCUAGUUACUUAGCAAGAAAAAAAAGUUGUUACUCCGUGGAUGACAAAACAAUUACUGAAGUUGUAUGCCGCUGAAUGUAUCC